AUGCUCCUACAAGUUCUUUAUGACAACCUCAAGCAGAAAAGCAAAGUGAACCCAUCCAAGAGGGUCAACAAGAUCGACAUAUCCGACAAGGGCGUCACUGUCUAUACCACUGACGGCUCAAUCUAUGAGGGCGACAUAGUUGUCGGUGCAGACGGCAUACAUAGCACUGUCAGAAGCGAGAUGUGGCGUAUUGGUAUCAAAGAAACUCCUGGGUAUUUCCCGCACAACGAGCAGUCAAGAGUGCCCGUUGAUACGAGAUGCAUUUUCGGCAUAUCCAAACGACCUGCAAACCUGCCUGCAGGCCGUCAAAUCACUGCUUACAAUGACGGCUGGAGUUAUCUCAUCGUCGACGCGCCGGGCAAUCGCACGUACUGGUUUCUCUUCGAAGGUGUCGGCGAGACCAAGCGCGGCAAAGACAUCCCCAGAUAUUCGAAGCAGGACACAGAGAAACUGACUCUGGCACAUAUGUCGGAUCGAUUGUACGACGAGGUGACGUUCGGCGACAUUUACAAGAACAAAAUCAUGGCCACAUUAGUGCCUCUAGAGGAGUAUGUAUUCGAGAAAUGGCACUACAAGCGCGUCGUAUGCAUCGGAGACGCGAGUCACAAGAUCGACCCGGUUUCCGGCCAGGGAGGCAACGGCGCCAUAGAAGCGGCCGCGCUCCUUGGAAACGCCAUUGCCGAAUUGCUCGAGAAGUAUCCGGACGUUGAACAGCUUUCCACUGAUCUGGUGGAGGGUGCCGUCGCCCGAGUUCACGCAAUCCGUUACCACCGAGCGAAGAAGCUGGUCUCCGAAGGCCACAACCUCCAGCAGAUCUUGACGGGCAGAUCGCCCUUCUCCAAAAUCGUAACGCAGUACCUGGUUCCUAUUCUGAAAGAGGACGGGUUCCUCAAUGUUGCGCUCCCAAUCUUCAAAGCCGGCCCUCGAGUCGAGAACCUUGCAAUGCCUAAGCGAGGUCGGCUUGUUCCUUUUGACGAUGAACUCCCCGCAAAGCCCAUAACAGAGAGGGCCGUGUUGAGAUUGGCAACAAUCCUCUCUGUAGGGUCUUUUGCGGCACUGCUUUACCACUCUGGUGGACUGGCCUACUUCUCCACGUUCAGGAGUGUUAUGCAGACGCAGACUAAGCUGUUCUUGGCUUCUGUUGCCGCCGGUUCGUCUGCAAGACUCUCGCCUUACGACGCCUCGAGACGAAGCCCGUUCCAUAGCCCCCACCUCGGUGUUGAUGGUCUGUUCUCCACUCUCACUCUAGGGCUCGUUGAAGGGCACCGCGUGGGCAAUAGGCUUUCUGUUCUCCUCUGGCCGACGGUAGGUGGUCUCGCGUCCACAACUUUUGGUCCGGACGCCGUGACUCCUCUGUUGGGCUUAGGCAUGGUUCUUCAAGGGUCCAGUACUCUUUACGGAAGACAUGUUCCCCCAAGAUAUGCUAAGUCAAUCCUGCCCUCGGUUGUCACAGGCUUGCUGGUGCCUGCCGUCAUUGCAGCUUUGCCGGUUCAAAACGUUCAUAUCCGCCAAGCAGCUGAAGCACUUGUAGCGUUUUCGCCUGUUGUGUGUUCGCUUCUCACAGAAUGCUUGUCUGCAGUUUUUCAAAAGCUUGCAGGAAAGGAAAAGCCUGCAAAUGCCACGAAGGAGCCGUCGUACAAUGAAAGAGAGGAUUUCGUAGCGAUGUACCAGCAGCAGGAUGUACCUGCGCUGAAGUUUACGUACGCUUGUGCCGCAGGAUUAUGCGGUGCGGUCCGCGUUGCUGGCAUGGCUUAUUCAAGAUUGGACGCUGCGGGUCCUGUGGAAAAUUCUGCGGGAUCUUUGGCCAGACAUUUUGAUCUCUUCGGCUUAGCCUCUGUAGCCCUUUCUUGGUACAACAUCUGGACGAUGAGAUCCGAGGGGUUCAUCACAACGAAGAAGGCAGUGCUUGCUGCGUUGGUGUCGGCCACUGGUUCUGUUUGCUUGGGACCAGGGGCGGGACUGGCCGCCACCUCCUACUGGCGCGAGACAGUUAUGGCGAGCCUGAGCGAUGGAGAUCUUUGA